AUGUACUUUUCCAAGUCAGCUCUUAUUGCGGCCAUGGCCGGCCUCUCGGCUGCCAGGUCUGUCCCAACUUGCAGCAAGCGCUCUGCCGAGCCCACCUUCGACAACGGUGUCUACGUUGUUAGCGACACUGCCCAGUUCAGCAACCACAAGCAGUUCACAUUCGAGGGCAGCAGCCUGCCGGACGGUCUGUAUGCCGCCGACUGGGGCAUUGAUGAGAACUGGAGCGUGAACCGCGAGAACGUCGCCGUCAAGGACGGAUACCUCGUGCUCACUGUUCCCGGAGGCCAAUCCAAGCCUUACAAGUCUGCCGAGGUCGACACCACCGUCGGAAACAUCCUGUACGGCAGUGUGCGCACCGUCGCCAUCUUCUCCCAGACCCCUGGUGUCUGCAACGGCAUCUUCUUCUACAAGUCCGACUCCCAGGAGACGGAUAUCGAGUGGCUCUCCGACCCCAACAACACCUCCGACAACGGCGUCAACCACCUCUGGCUCACCAACCAGGAGAACGACGGCGACGGCCAGAAGACCGUCUUCUCCGUCGCCCCUCCCUCCAACCCCACCACCACCGAGCACGAGUACCGCAUCGACUGGACCCAGGGCCGCGUCCAGUGGUUCGUCGACGGCGUCCAGGUCGCCGAGACCACCAAGGACGUCCCCAGCGUCCCCGGCCCCUGGGUCUGGAACAACUGGUCCAACGGCGACAAGGGCUGGUCUGCCGGCCCCCCUACCGCCGAUGCCGUCUUCAAGAUCAAGUCCAUCGACAUGUACUACAACACCGCUUAG